CCGAGGAGAGACAGACAGGGGAGAGGGACCAUGGCUGCUCUCUCUGCCUUGCUGAAGACCCUGGUAAUACUGCAGACCGUGUGCCUGGCUCUGGCCCAAGUGAGGGGUCCACCUGGACCUCAGGGCCAGGCCGGCUCACCAGGCCCCUCUGGCACUCCUGGGUCAGACGGCAUCGAUGGAGACACAGGACCACCUGGGCCCCCUGGUGCACCAGGACUAAAAGGAGAGCCAGGAGAGCCUGGUCCUGAUGGAGUAGCAGGAGAGAACGGCAUUGAUGGUUUGAUUGGAGCAAAGGGGGAUCGAGGUCCCUUUGGGAGCCCGGGGCCUAAGGGUAAACCUGGACCAAGUGGUGAACUUGGACUUCCUGGACCCGGUCUUCCAGGACUGGCUGGCGCUCCAGGGCCAAUUGGCCUUCCAGGUGAAAUUGGAUCACCUGGUCCAAAGGGUAUCCUAGGAUCACUUGGACCUCCAGGACUUCCCGGACCUCCUGGCAAACCAGGUCCCCCAGGGAAGUUCAUUGGUGGAGAAGAGGGAAGUGCAGACUUCCAGUGUCCUCUUAACUGUCCAGCAGGACCUAAAGGCCCCCAGGGACUGCAGGGAGUCAAGGGACACAAAGGACGUGGUGGUGUUCUCGGAGAGCCUGGCAGCAUAGGAAAAUCGGGUCCCAAGGGAGAAGUGGGCAUCUCUGGGGAGCAGGGCAUCCCAGGACCUUCGGGUCCGAUGGGCCUAAGAGGUUAUCCAGGAAUGAUGGGUCCUAAAGGGGAAGCAGGGCCUCGUGGUUACAAGGGCAUCAACGGUCCUGUAGGAAUACCUGGGCCUCCUGGUGAGGAGGGGCCUCAGGGUCCACCCGGAGAGGCAGGAGACAAGGGAGACAAAGGCGGCCGAGGUAUCCAGGGCCCACAGGGUGCGGUUGGCAAGAAGGGAGAGAAUGGUCUGCCGGGUAUUGAUGGAAAAGAUGGCACACCUGGUAUUCCAGGGAUCAAGGGCAGCCCUGGCAAAGAUGGGAUGCCUGGUCCUCCUGGUCCUCAGGGAGCAGCGGGAUUGCCUGGCAGCCCAGGGUCAAAAGGUGGAUCUGGAUUUAAGGGAGAGCCUGGUCCUCGGGGUCACAUUGGCAUGUCUGGUUCCCCCGGACCUCUGGGUGAACCUGGUCUUCCCGGUGAGGCUGGUAUGGAAGGAGUUCCUGGACCCAAGGGUGACAGAGGUCAGCGAGGAGCAGUUGGGCCACAGGGAGUUGUCGGCAAGGCUGGAAACAAAGGAGAGCGAGGACCAAUCGGUGUUCCAGGUGCCCAAGGUCUUAGCGGAACCAAGGGAGACAAGGGCUUCCAAGGAAAAGUUGGGUCGAAGGGAGACAAUGGCGACCCCGGUGUUGAGGGAUUGGCUGGCGAGAAAGGUGACAAGGGUUUGUCCGGUGAACCCGGGCCUAAAGGACAGCAAGGAAUUAGGGGCGACUCCGGACACAAUGGACCCACUGGAGACCCUGGUAAACCUGGAGACCAGGGACCACUGGGACUGCCCGGUCCUAGGGGACUCAAUGGAGAGCGAGGAGUACCUGGCAUGCCAGGCAUUCAGGGACCAUCCGGACGCGAUACAUCUGAUCAGCACAUUAUCGAAGUGGUGUUAAAGAUGUUGCAGGAGAGGCUAGCUGCUGUGGCAGUGAGCGCCAAGAGGGCCGUGCUUGGUGGAGCAGGUGUAAUGGGACCUCCUGGACCCCCUGGACCCCCGGGGUCAUCUGGCCCUCAGGGGCCACAUGGCUUACCUGGUGCCCGUGGCCUUCCUGGCAUGUUUGGAGGACAUGGACAGAUUGGAAACACUGGACUUAAAGGAAAGAGAGGGGCAAAGGGAGACAGAGGAGAUCCUGGUAAACCCCAUCCAGGACUACCAGGACCCCCAGGAAUACAAGGUCCUGCGGGUGUUGAUGGUGUGGCUCGGGACGGGAGGCAUGGCGAGAGAGGGCCUCAGGGGUCGACCGGACAGGCGGGUUACCCCGGUAAGGCGGGUUCGACAGGUCUCCCCGGCUUUUGCGAGGCUGCAAUGUGUUUAGCUGCGUCGGCAUACACAUCCCCGAGACUACAGGAAGCGGGAAGAAUCAAAGGACCCAAUGUUUAGAGACCUGCCUCUCCAUCAGCAGCUCACCUGGGAGAGAGAGCACCAAGAAAGGAGAGACGGCACUCUUCUCUGUCGGACAACAUCGAGAACGAAGGGUAGGGGACAAGAAUAGUGACUGGAUGUAUAGCGCCCCCUACUGAAAGUGACAACAUGAAGUUUUGACUGGUGGGACACACUCUUGAUCUUAAUCCCCUACAUCACCAUGACAACAGCAGCUCUCACCCACCCACACCCUUCUGAAUUCUGUGUUUUUGGAUGAUGUCAGUGUCAGUCCCAUUCAAAUAUCCCAGCCCUGUUCUAGCAGUGAUAGAGGAACAGAUUUAUAUUGCAUCUCUCCGUCUCUCACCACCGAUGAGCUGAGAGGAGCUGAAAACCAAGCAUGGUCAAUUUGUAUUGCACCGUGGCCAUCUUUAAAUGCAAUAUUUGGUUUGACAUGUGUUUUGAAGUUUAAAUGCCCUGCCUCUCUUGAGACAUCACACCUGAUGUCUUAAAAGUGUACAAAAAGGACCAAUAAAUGAUUGAAAGUGACACUCCGUACUGUACCGUAUUGUAAAAUGUAGUAUCUGUAAGCUUUAGUGAAAUCCUUGAUUCAUCACAUGUAGAGUUAACCCCCCCACCUCCAGCAACGCCACUCCCCUCCCAAUCCCCGCUUUCCCCAAGUCUCAUUUUAGAAACUAACGACUGGCUUGAUCUCGUCCGCUUGUUGCCUGGCAACAUCAUAUCCCAAUGAGCACUCCCUUGUCCCACAAUGCAGUGCUGUAAAUCUUUGUAAAUGUUUGUUGAUUAUUAUGUAGAGAAAAAUGAAUGGGUUACAAGAUGCACCAACAAAAAAAAUCCUAUGUUACUGAAUUCAGCGAGUAAUAAAAAAAAUUCGGCUUCGUGCUUCCUAUGCCACUGUCAAUUUUCCACAGGGUGUCAGCUUUUUAAUGACCGAUUUAUUUUCAUCAACAGAAUCUAUUUAUUGUUCUUAAUAUAAUCAUCUGGUAGGGUUCUUUUUUUGGCUGCUCAGGUCAACCCAAACAAAUAAAGAGGAACUUUUUAUCAAAUCCAAUGCUCUUCUGUAUCAUGUGCAGAACGGAAACAAGUCUCUUUAGUUUCUGUUUCAGCUUCUUUUCUUCACAUUUCUCCCAUUUGAAAUCUUU